AAAAAAAUUACCUGCAGGUGAUACGAGUUAGAUACCAGUUCUAGGGCUGGUGGGGAGAGAGAAAUUAGGAGCCCAUACAGAUGUUGGAGUGGACCCUGCAGGUCUAUUGGCAAACAUAGCCACCCUCCAAAGGCUGACAGAGCAAAAGAGGCUACAUGAUGAAGCAAAGGAAGCAACCAAAGGGUGGUGGCUGAAGUGACAUCAGGACCUAGGACUGAUACCUGGAUGAGCAGGGUGACUGGUGGAAUGUGGGAACAGAACAUUGAGGGAGGGCCUCAGAACCAGAAACCAUGGCUACAGUGUUGAUGAGAACUCCCAGCUGCCUGGACCAAGAAGCCAGUGCUGAAGAACUAGGCAGGUCAUCCGAGAGGAGCUGUGUCCAUGUCGGCCCCGCUGGCCAGUUUCCUGGGUGCACUGCCACCAUGUCCUGGUUCUGCAACAGUGCCAACUGCCAAUUUUCAGUCUUCACCCUUACCACCAUAGGAUGGAUCCUCUCCUGUACGUCCAUGGGCCUUGUGGAGUGGCGAAUAUGGUACAUGAAAGACACCCCGCUCUACCCCCCUGGGAUCGCCUGCGUGGGAAUAUUUAGAGUCUGCAUUUACCGGCAUCGCACCAACAGCACCACAACCAAAUUCUGUUACCGAUACAGCUACCAGGACACCUUUCUCCCUUUUGAAAUUUACAUGGCUCAACGCUUCCUACUGACUGCCAGCAUUUUCGGAUUCUUCGGGAGAGCCUUUAACAUCCUUGCACUUAGAAACACGUCUGUGAAAAUAUUUGAGGAGGACACCUACAAUUCAUUCAUUGUUUCAGGAGUUUUCAACAUUGCUGCUGGUGUCUUUAUCUUAAUUGCUGUGCUCCAGAACUACGAUGCCAUCAUAAACUCACAGGGAAUCACCUUCCCGCCAUCUCUCCAAAUGCCCUUCAAGCCAGAUGUGCAGGAAGUUGGCACUGCCAUUCAAGUGGCAGGGAUAGGUGUCUUGCCUAUGCUGUUAACUGGGAUGUUUUCUCUAUUUUACAAAUGUCCCCUGUACUGCCAAGUGCAUCCUGAUAUUUCAGAAACGUGAAUUUCCUGGUUGCAUUGGCUUUGCAAAUUCAAGAUUUCUGGGAGUUUAUGGAAAAUGUUAUUAGCAUGCUCUACCAAAUAUUUCCAACGACUCAAGACCAUGGCAUGUGUAGUUUGGGACAGAAGGUGGCCAACUGUCUCCUUCUGUUAUCUUGUGUAUCUGAAUGUGGUUCACUGAUUUGCUCGUUGAAUUGAGAACUUUUAUUUAAAAGUCUUCCCACCUGCCA